GCUGCGAUAUCUCGAGGUUCAAUUCUUAACGCCGCAGACGUUCCCUCCAGCUCCCUUUUAUACCCAGCUCUCACCAUGUCGGACACGAAGAUCCAAGACCUGCUUAACAAGCCUCGCAGCGAACUCACGGAAUACGAGGUUUCGAUAUUGGAAGAACAUGAACUCACUUCUGGUCCUUUGUCCAUUCUGCAAACCGCAACGCGCUCUCAUGCCCAAGUCUUGAUCUCAUGUCGCAAUAACCGCAAGUUAUUAGCCAGAGUCAAGGCAUUCGAUAGACACUGCAACAUGGUCCUGGAGAAUGUAAAGGAGAUGUGGACAGAGAAACCCAAAGGUGGAAAGGGCAAGGGCGUCAACAAGGAUCGCUUUGUUAGCAAGAUGUUCCUACGAGGGGACUCUGUCAUCCUAGUUCUGUUGAGUUGAAUAAUGUGCAUGCGACCAAACGCUUGCGGCUUCCCGGCGGUUACAAGCCACGAGAGGAAGAUGGCAUCAACCAGGCCGCCGUGAUAGAAAAUACUUAUGCAUUCUGUAUUAUACCCAAUUGCAGGCCUCAAUAUCCAUGCCAUGUGCUUGGGUUGGCAAGUCCUCAUGAAUCUUUGGAGCUUCCCUUUUAUCUAUUUUCUGCAGGACAAGGCUGUACCCUGGCGUCUUACGGACUGAAGCAACCGAAGGAAGGAUAAAAAUAAGCCGUGUAACGAAUCCGAUCGACACAAAUUUCAAAACUUAACCUUCAUGUUUCUGGCGUCCGGAGAAUUUUUUUUAGGGGGUUUACACUCUACAAACAGCCUUUCCCGCCCGUCUGCUUUUCUUCUGUGUUCACAGUGUUUACAUCUACAAGGCGCAAUAAGGAAAUGGGAUAAAUAAUAAAAAUAUAACGACCCGUGAGAAGCAAAGAAGCAUACAAUAGCAAUGCCCGUUUGCUCUCCCUCGCUCUUAAUCUCUGAAGUCUCUCUUUCAAAACCACUUCCGGGGCAUAGUACGUUUGCCACUUACUUAACCAGACAUUGAGUCUGGAGGGAAGCCUGGGAAAGCAUCCAACCCCGCCAACAUCUCAGGCAGCGACAAGGCUCAUGUGGAGGCCUGCGUGCACCACCAUUCUUUCUACAAUCAAACAACUCUUUGUUGCGCGUAUCUCCCAAGUCUUCUGGAAGCUUAUGGUAAAGUUCAUUCGUGACUGCGACUGAUACUAUUAAAAAGAUGAAACAAAUAGAACUGUCACCAGUGCAUCAUAACUGGCCUCUACAUCCC